ACACAUGCACAAGAAAAGCAUGAGAAAUGUGCAUCUCAAAAUAAACAUUUUGAUUCCCCCUAAAACUGGUAGAACACUAGUAUAUAAGGGUGGGUGAGUCUGUGGGGCUGUGGCGCCUUAGAGUACUACUUCACUACUCUGUUGGUACUAAUAUAGCAACUCGUAAUCUAACAAUUUAAUUUUUUUUUUUUAAAUCUUUGUGGAAUUUAACACUUUCAAGUGAUAUGGGGAGGCAACCUUGUUGUGACAAGUUUGGGGUGAAGAAGGGGCCUUGGACAGCUGAGGAAGACAAGAAGUUGGUCAAUUUUAUUCUCACACAUGGCCAAUGUUGUUGGCGCACCGUCCCCAAGCUCGCUGGGCUCCGUCGCUGUGGCAAGAGCUGCCGUCUCCGCUGGACCAAUUACCUCCGCCCGGACUUGAAGAGAGGCCUUCUUAAUGAAGCUGAGGAACGACUAGUUAUUGAUCUCCAUGCCCGUCUGGGCAACAGGUGGUCCAAGAUUGCUGCAAGAUUGCCUGGAAGAACAGAUAAUGAGAUCAAGAAUCACUGGAAUACCCACAUCAAGAAAAAGCUGAUUAAGAUGGGAAUCGAUCCGGUUACGCAUGAGCCUCUCCAGAAACAAAACAACCCAGAAGCAGCACCUUGUAACAAUAUUAUAUAUGAUCAUCAGCUCAAUUUCAAUGGUGAUCAGCAUGACAUACCAAAUAAUAUUUGCGCCCAAGCCGCCUCCUUCUCCUCAUCCUCCAGUGACAACUCUAGUAUCACCCCGACUGAAUCGUCGGACCCUCACAGCGACGAUGAUCCUUUGAUGAGUUACAUAUUAUCAGACUCUUUUCUUGAAGAUUCGUCAACAUGGAAUUUUCCAGUCACAAGAGAAGAAUAUUGUGAAUUUGGAAUGUCCUCAUUAGAGGGUAACUCUCCUUGGUUUUUAGAGCUCAAGGAUCUUGGAGAUGACUACUUUGGACUUGGCCGUUUCAAUGAUGCCGACUUGAGUGUAUUAGACAUGAGCGACAAGCAUUAACAAAGGAAUCAUGCCUGGGGGGCUUCAUCAUGCAUAUAAAUGGAAGCUCAAGCAUCUUUCCUGAUCUCCUUUUUUUCAACUUUUAGUCUUUGUUUUAGUUUUAUUUCAUUUCUUUCUGCACCCACCAACCUGCGCUCAAAAGGAACCCCUUGGAAUCCUGUAAUUAGUAAAAGCCUCCAAGUGGUUUCAAGGAAAAGGUUAUUAUUAUUAUUUUUUUAAAAAAACUAACUAGGAUGGGUUGGCAAGAUGUCACGUAGCCCAAAUUGUGAAGAAAUCAUCUGUUAUGAGUUAUCAUCAAUACAGCCGUUUCCUAGCAGUCCAAGUCGAUAAGGCACUUA